AUGCUGUGUUUACCAAUUCUUUUUGCAAUGGUGAUGCAAUGCUGGACCUUUCCUCUGCAGAAUUCCUCUGCAGUGCAUGGAGCAAAAAUGAGGGCAAAACGAGGGUAUUCAGAGGAGUUUCUGUAUCCAGAUGAGAUGAACUCAAUGGACAAGAUACUUGUAGCAAACAGUGGGAUAUCACGUUUUCGGGGCUAUGCCUUUCGUGAAGGUGACAUCGUGAGUUCUGGUUUGAGAAGUGCCAUUUCGUGUCCGAACCAAAACUGCCUCUGGCAAAAAUCAGUGGAUGGAUUUGUUUAUGUUCCUUACACCAUCUCUCCUCUCUAUGAUAAUAUGGACCGGAUCACAAUCGAGUUGGGAAUGCUGGACAUCUCAUCAUCAACAUGUGUGAAAUUUGUUCCACGUACGCAUCAAGCUGACUUCGUUGAUAUCCAGCCUAGAUUUGGGUGCUGGUCAUUCUUAGGCAGGGUGGGAGGACCUCAGCCACUCUCACUGCAGACCCCAGGGUGCAUGUGGUCAGGCAUUGCAUCUCAUGAGCUCAUGCAUGUGCUCGGCUUUGUUCACGAGCAGUCACGCUCUGAUCGCGACCACUACGUCAACAUCCUGUGGGAAAACAUCAUUGAGGGUCAAAAGCACAACUUUAAAAAGUAUGAGACAAACAAUUUAAACACCGUAUAUGACUAUGACUCUGUAAUGCACUACGGAAGAUAUGCUUUCUCAGAAGACGGAUUACCAACCAUCAUCCCUAAACCAGAUCCAAACAUUCCUAUUGGCCAGCGUGAUGGACUGAGCCAGCUAGAUAUUCACAAAAUAAAUCUGCUGUACGAAUGUGGUGCGUAA